CUGUCUGUCGGCUUUGGGACCAGAGACCUUGCUGGUGGCCUGUGCCUCGACACCCAUCAGCACAUCCCCAGGGUCUGGAGAGGCGCAGGGGCGCUCACCCUGCGCAGGGCGGCGGCGGCGAUGCCGGACCCCGCGGCGCACCUGCCCUUCUUCUACGGCAGCAUCUCGCGCGCCGAGGCAGAGGAUCACCUGAAGCUGGCCGGCAUGGCCGACGGGCUCUUCCUGCUGCGCCAGUGCCUGCGCUCGCUGGGCGGCUAUGUGCUCUCUCUCGUGCACGACGUGCGCUUCCACCACUUCCCCAUCGAGCGCCAGCUCAACGGUACCUAUGCCAUCGCCGGCGGAAAGGCGCACUGCGGCCCGGCAGAGCUCUGCGAGUUCUACUCGCGCGACCCCGACGGGCUGCCCUGCAACCUGCGCAAACCGUGCAACCGGCCGUCGGGGCUCGAGCCGCAGCCCGGGGUCUUCGAUAGCCUAAGGGAUGCCAUGGUGCGCGACUAUGUGCGCCAGACUUGGAAGCUGGAGGGCGAGGCCCUGGAGCAGGCCAUCAUCAGCCAGGCCCCCCAGGUGGAGAAGCUCAUUGCCACGACUGCUCACGAGCGGAUGCCCUGGUACCACAGCAGCCUGACGCGCGAGGAGGCGGAGCGCAAACUCUACUCAGGCUCACAGACCGACGGCAAGUUCCUGCUGAGACCCAGGAAGGAGCAGGGCACGUAUGCGCUGUCUCUGAUCUAUGGGAAAACCGUGUACCACUACCUCAUCAGCCAGGACAAGGCGGGCAAAUACUGCAUUCCUGAGGGGACCAAGUUUGACACGCUCUGGCAGCUGGUGGAGUACCUGAAGCUGAAGGCCGACGGGCUCAUCUAUUGCCUGAAGGAGGCCUGUCCCAACACCAGCGCCAGCUCAGAGGCCGCUGCUCCCACACUCCCUGCCCACCCAUCCACGUUCACCCAGCCUCAGAGACGGAUUGACACUCUCAACUCAGAUGGAUACACCCCUGAACCAGCCCGCCUAGAGCCCUCAGAGAAGCCGCGAUCGAUGCCCAUGGACACCAGCGUGUACGAGAGCCCCUACAGCGACCCCGAGGAGCUCAAAAACAAGAAGCUCUUCCUGAAGCGCGAGAACCUCCUCAUGGCUGACAUAGAACUUGGCUGCGGCAACUUUGGCUCGGUUCGCCAGGGCGUCUACCGCAUGCGCAAGAAGCAGAUCGACGUGGCCAUCAAGGUGUUGAAACAGAGCACAGAGAAAGGGGACAAGGACGAGAUGAUGCGGGAGGCGCAGAUCAUGCACCAGCUGGACAACCCCUACAUCGUGCGGCUCAUCGGCGUCUGCCAGGCCGAGGCCCUCAUGCUGGUCAUGGAGAUGGCGGGCGGCGGGCCCCUGCACAAGUUCCUGAUCGGGAAGAAGGAGGAGAUCCCUGUCAGCAAUGUGGCAGAGCUGCUGCACCAGGUGUCCAUGGGGAUGAAGUACCUGGAGGAGAAGAACUUUGUGCACCGGGACCUGGCUGCCCGCAAUGUCCUGCUGGUCAACCGGCACUAUGCCAAGAUCAGUGACUUUGGUCUCUCCAAGGCGUUGGGUGCCGAUGACAGCUACUACACCGCCCGCUCAGCGGGGAAGUGGCCGCUCAAGUGGUACGCGCCAGAGUGCAUCAACUUUCGCAAGUUCUCCAGCCGCAGUGAUGUCUGGAGCUACGGAGUCACCAUGUGGGAAGCCUUCUCCUAUGGCCAGAAGCCCUACAAGAAGAUGAAGGGCCCCGAAGUCAUGGCCUUCAUCGAGCAGGGCAAGCGGAUGGAGUGCCCACCUGAGUGUCCACCCGAAAUGUACAAACUCAUGAAUGACUGCUGGACCUACAAGUGGGAAGACCGUCCGGACUUUCAGGCCGUGGAGCAGCGCAUGCGCACCUACUACUACAGCUUGGCGAGCAAGGCCGAGGACCCUGCUGCUGGCGGAAAGGGGGCCGCGGCUGCGUGUGUCUGAGCUCCCGCCUGCCAGCCUCUAUGCCCUAGCUUUUCCUCCUGUGUCCUCAGCUCCCUCCCAGGACCUCCAGGCUGGGCCCAGCUCAGUUUCUCUCCCCCCCCACCAGCUGGGCUGUGGUAACGGGGACAAGCUCAGGCCUCCAGUAUUCCCUGCCCGGUCACCUGGCCCCUCUGGCUGGGGGAGGAGGCGAGACCCAGGCAAGGUGGUCCUGGGCUGGAAUCUACCAGAGGGCCCCGAGCUGAGGGGGUGUUGCUUACAACAAGGACCCUCCUUCCUCUGGGCCGGGAAGGGCAGACUCUGGGAGUCCUCAGAUGGCAAGACCCCAAUCAUUGGAAUAAACUCAACUUUUCUCUU